UUAACGAGCCUCAAAUAAAGUCCCAUUUCGGCAAAUCUCAUUUUACCAGUCCUCUCCUCUCCUCUCUCUCUCUCUCUCUCACACACACUCAAACACGCGCUCUGCCUCCCCAAAAUGCUGCGACAUGGUUCACGAUCCCUCUUCGGCCGAGCUUCUGCCACAUCCAUGAGGUGGCGCCGCCAGUUUUCUACCGAUCUCCAGGCGGAGACUGCCGAAGACGCCAAGUUUGUGGAAUCCUGGAAGAAAAUGAACCCCAAUAUGGACCCGCCGAAAACCCCAUCGGCGUACAUGAAACCUCGACCACCCACCCCAUCCAACAUUCCGUCGAAGCUCACUGUCAAUUUGGUGCUUCCUUAUGAUUCUGUCUUAUCCUCCAAAGAGGUUGAUAUGGUCAUAGUCCCAGCAACUACGGGACAAAUGGGUGUUUUACCUGGUCAUGUAGCUACAAUUGCGGAGCUAAAACCUGGGAUUCUGUCAGUUCACGAAGGCAAUGAUGUGUCUAAAUAUUUUCUGAGCAGCGGGUUUGCUUUUGUCCACGCGAACUCUGUUGCCGAUAUAAUUGCUAUUGAGGCCACACCAGUAGAUCACCUAGACCCCAAUUUGGUUCAGAAAGGCCUUGCAGAGUUUCAACAAAAGCUAAACACAGCAUCAACCGACGUGGAGAAAGCUGAAGCACAAAUCGGCAUAGAUGUACACAGCGCUCUCAAUGCUGCUCUUACAGGUUAAAGAUACAGCGGGGUCGAUUGAUUUAUUUCAGCUUAAGCGGAUUCUUUUUGUACCCUUUUUCCAAGGCUUUAUGCUUCUUGUUGGUCAACUUAGAUCCCAGAGUUUGCUUUGAAAGGAUUUCUCAAAUAAAUAAUGCUCCCAUUUGGCUUUGAUGCAUUUUCCUUAACUUGUGAUCUGGCUGGCGGUAGCCAGGAAACACAUUUACAAUUGGAUGAUUUAUAUUUGUGUUCUUAACUAUGCCAAUUUAUCAUGAA